CGGCGGCGGAGAGGCAGCAUGGCGGCGGGCGAGGCCGUGGCGGCGGAGCUGCCCGCGCCCUCCGCGCCCGUGAGGGCGGCGCCGCUCCUGGCGUUGGAGCCGCGGCUGCAGCGCCAGUUCCAGCAGAAGGUGCAGCGGGCCCGCACCAAGCGGACGGCCAAGGAGGAGCUGACGCCGGGCGUGGUGUUCGUGGGGCAUCUCCCGCGGGGCCUGUGCGAGCCGCAGCUCCGCGAGUACUUCGGGCAGUUCGGGACGGUGACGCGGCUGCGGCUCUCCAGGAGUAAGAAGACUGGAGGCAGCAAAGGUUAUGCAUUUUUGGAGUUUGAGUCUGAUGAUGUGGCCAAGAUCGUUGCAGACACAAUGAAUAACUACCUGUUUUCUGAGAGACUGCUGAAGUGUCAGUUCAUGCCUCCUGAGAAGGUCCAUGAAAACCUCUUCAAAGACUGUGACAAGAUCUUUCGGAAGCCUUCCCAGCCGGCUGUGCGGCGCUACAACAGGAUCCGCUCCCUGGUGGAGAAGGCCAGGAUGACCAAGCGCCUGCUGCGGAAGGAGAGGCUGCUGCGGAAGAAGCUGGCUGAAAAGGGGCUCGAGUAUGACUUCCCAGGAUUUGCUGCACAGGCGCUUUCCAAAAAGAGAAAAAAAGUUAAAACAUCCAGGAAAUCAAAACUGAACGUUUCUUUGAGCAGCCAGGGUCCUACUCCAGUCUGUACUCCAGCAGUGCUCGAGCGCCGGAAAGCUGCUCAGAUGGAUGAUGACACAGAGGAUGAUGAAGUCACUGUCAGGCUUCCCUCUGCCAGUGUUAAGAACGCUGUGCAGAGACCAAAGAAACAGCCAAGGCAAAGGCCAAGCCUGAAGAAACAGAAACAGACUUAAAAUUUUUGUGGCUAUAGCCUUUUUUUUCUCAAUAUAAAAAACUAUUGAGGUGGAGCUUCUACUGGGUGUGCUGCCCUGACUUGGUUCAUCCUGCCUAGAGUGUUUCAGGUUUUCUUAGGCAAGGACUCUGUUCACAAAUCUUGUCCUUCUGGUUUACCCAUCAAGGGACUUAGGAAGAUAUUCUUGACUUUGUGCUCACAAGUGCCCGAUUAAUUUUAUAACUCGUAUCUAGUGCUCCCUGUUUGGAAAGAUGUGAGGCUGUCCAUUCAAAGUUUGCUAAUGCAAGCAACUGUAUCUUAAAUUUAUAAUUAAUGACAGGUUAUUAAAAAAAAUACAAUUUUUCAACUUUC